CUUUGGAACCCUUUUCCACAACUCACACCACGCUGUGACAGCGGUGUCGAAUCUCUCGCCACUGUAUACGUGAUCGCUCACACUCGUUUACCGACUCGCAACAAUGUUUUGAAUUGAUUCCCCUCGUUGGACCUAAAGAAGCCUUCAAAGCUCCGAGACAUCGCAACAGUACCCCCUUCAGCAACCAUGGACGCUCAAGUUGCGCGGAAGUUGAAAAUCUUCUCUCGCCGGGAGGUUGAAGAUCUUAUCGCCCAAGGGCGCUCAAUCGUCAUCGUGGACAACAAUGUUCUGAAGGUGGAUGCCUGGCUUCCGUAUCACCCUGGAGGUGAUAAAGCUAUCAGGCAUAUGAUCGGGAGAGAUGCAACAGACGAGGUGCACAGGUUCCAUUCGGCGCAGACCCUCGAAAUGACCAAGCGCUACCGAAUCGGCCGCAUUGAAGGACGGUGGAUCAACUUCCUUCCCCCUAUACAAGGCGGGAUAUUCAGGAGGCUCGAUGCAUCUGAGGACACAGUUGUCGCCGGGUACCAUGGAUCGUUUUCCGGCGAGGACACAUCCACCACGGCGUCAUCGGGAGAACCCAGUCCAGUCUUCGAGCCCGCGGACAGUCGAGCGACCAAGUUACGCAACCGUGCUACAACCUCUCUACCCCGAUCUGCCUCCAUAUCGUCUGUUUCCUCAGUGGAAAUUGAUCUUAAACGCCAUAUCAAGCCGAAAAUGUCGGUCAUGGAUGCCCGAACCCAGCGCGAGAUAGACCUGGACAAGGCUACAUACCCUCCUUUGGACCCAGCUACCCAGGAACACAUAACUCUAAAAUAUCGCGAGUUACACGAUCGCAUCCAAAGAGAAGGGCUUUAUGAUUGUCACUACUUGGCAUAUGGCAUUGAGUGCCUUCGAUACGCUUUCUUCAUUGGCAUGUUUCUCUAUCUUCUGCGUACGGGAUGGUACCUAACUAGUGCCUUCUUCCUCGGUUGCUUGUGGCAUCAGCUUGCGUUUACGGUGCACGAUGCGUCUCAUAUGGGCAUUACACAUGACUUCCAGACCGAUUCGACCAUCGCCAUGUUUGUAGCCAGCUACAUGGGAGGUUUAAGCGCCUGCUGGUGGAAAAGCAACCAUAACGUCCACCACAUUGUUACGAAUUCGCCCGAGCACGACCCCGACAUUGAACAUAUGCCUUUCUUCGCUAUCUCCCAUCGGUUUUUCGAGAAUCUAUUCUCGACCUAUUAUGAACGAGUCAUGGAAUACGACGCUUUCGCAAAAGUUCUACUGCGAUACCAGAGCAAGCUUUACUACUUCAUUAUGUGUUUUGGACGAUUCAAUCUAUACCGACUGAGUUGGUCCUUUCUUCUCUUCGGCCAGGGGCCUCGGAAAGGUCCAGCUUGGUGGCAUCGCUACUUCGAGCUUCUGGGAUUAGUGGUCUUCUGGGCGUGGUAUGGAUACGGCGUUGUUUACCGGAACAUCCCUGGCGGCUGGAACAAGUUCCUCUUCGUCAUGAUCUCCCAUGUCAUUACAAUGCCCCUCCAUGUUCAAAUUACGCUGAGUCACUUUGCCAUGAGUACGGCGGAUCUGGGAGUCACGGAAUCAUUCGCACAGAAGAUGUUGCGGACCACCAUGGACGUGGACUGUCCGCAGUGGCUGGACUUCUUUCACGGUGGAUUGCAAUUUCAAGCUAUCCAUCAUCUCUUCCCCAGAAUCCCACGCCACAAUCUGAGGAGGACUCAGAAGCUGGUACAGGAGUUUUGCAACGAGGUGGAUAUUCCCUAUGCAUUGUAUGGAUUUGUUGAGGGAAAUCAGGUGGUCAUUGGGAAGUUAGCGGAUGUCAGCAGACAAGCUGCAAUUUUGGCAGCAUGUCAGCGAACGAUUGCAGAGGGAGAUUUUGGCUUCCAUUAGAUCUGGUAUCAAGUAAUAGGGCUUUCAAUAUGAACAAUCCUUCCA